UGGUCGUUACCUUGGUAACAAAGCAGUUGCGGUGCGAAAAACAAUCUUCAAACACAUUGUUUUUCAAAGCAGGAGGUAACAUGGAUGAGCUCGAUUUGCUGUUGGAGGAGAUAGCCCUUAAUCCAACUGCUUCAACAAGCAGUAAUUCAACUGCCAGUGAGGUGCAAGCUGCAGCCAACAAAGGAACCAGGAAGAGAUCACACCUAAAAGUGUUCAGUGACCUGUCUCCUCCCGUGGAAACAUCCCAGGAUGACGAUUCUCCCACCAAAGAGCUGGAUUCUAUUUUACAAGAUUUGAUGAGUCUGGGAUCUCAGGAUGCAGAAUCUUCACCACUUUUACAAGAGACAACAGAAGAUGGCCAACAGGGAAUCGUCAGUAUUUUGGAUUUAGAUGCAAAGGAUUCCGCAGGGAGCAAAAAUGCGGAGAGUAUAGACAAUCUUCUUGGAGGGCUGAAGACUGACCUGGAAAAGAUCGGUGUCCGCAACACAACCAAGGGUCACUGUGCCGCCUGUAACAAAACCAUUGCGGGGAAGAUGAUCACAGCCAUGGGUGAAAUGUGGCACCCGGAGCACUUUGUGUGUGCGGUGUGCACGACAGAGCUGAGCACCACAGGCUACUUUGAGAGGGAAGGACGUGCGUACUGCACUAAGGACUACCAUCAACUCUUCUCGCCACGCUGUGCUUUCUGCGGAGGGGCCAUUGUACAGAACAUCUUGACAGCUUUGGACCAGACGUGGCAUCCUGAUCACUUCUUCUGCACACAUUGCGGGGACUUCUUUGGAGAUGAUGGUUUCCUGGAGAAGGACGGGAAGCCAUAUUGUCGCAAGGACUUCUACCAACUCUUUGCCCCUAAGUGUGCGGGCUGUGGGGAGCCUGUGAUGGAGAAGUACCUGACUGCGGCUAACGGCACAUGGCAUCUGGAAUGCUUCGUCUGCGCGGACUGUCUGAAGCCCUUCACCGACGGCCGCUUCAUGGAGCUGGACGGGCGGCCGCUCUGCCAGACCCACUUCCACUCCCGGCGGGGCACUCUUUGCGGCAAGUGCCGCCAGCCCAUCGUGGGUCGCUGUGUCUCGGCCAUGGAGAGCAAAUUUCACCCCGAGCACUUUGUGUGCGCCUUCUGUCAGAAGCAGCUCAGCCAAGGAAUCUUCCGGGAGCACAGAGGCAAACCCUACUGCCUGGCCUGCCAUAACAAACUCUUAGUCUGACAAGGAAAUAUGGAAAUCAAUCGUUAUUGUCCAACUCUUAAUUAUCAGCCGAUACCUAUUAUAUACAGUCAUGGAAUUCACACAUUAUUAUCCCGAAUGUUGUUGUGAUGCCCCGCUGGAUGCAUUAAACAAUGUAACAAAGUUUUCCCAAAAUAAAUCAACUCAAGUUAUGGAAAAAAAUGCCAA